AUCUCUGGACUAAUUGAAUGUAUAGAUUGUUUGACCAAAUUCACAACACAUGCGGUCUGUGUUUGUAAUGAUUGUCAACAACGAAGACAACAAACAAUAAGACAGAUAUCUAUCCAUUGAUUGUAUUGCAAAUUCAAGUGACAGUAUAUCACAAGUGAUUGACAAUAUGUGCGACAAUUGCGGUGACUUUUACCGGUCACGUGUGGACCAAAUGAUGGACACAAACGUCAARCUAACAAAAGAGCUGUUGUUGUCUCAACAGCUGAUCCACUGUCUCGAGCGUGUCAUGUCUUAUGCCAUUCAGUUGCGCAACACUUGCAAGUGUACGGACAACAAGACGCUGAUCCGCAAGAAUGACUUCCUCUUCAAAAUGUACAAAGAGAUCAAAAAACAGUUAACUGAUCACAAGUGCAGUCAAUCUGCCGGCGAUGCGCCGAYAGAGACAUCAGUGGUCAGCGAUAAGUGUUUGACAAACGGCAACAACAAAGUUGGUAUUAAUGUCGUGCAGACCAACGAUGACAUACUGUUAAAUGGUAACCAAUCUUAUGACAUGUCUUCAGAUGAAUCACUGAUCGACGAACAGCCGUUAGUGAGACAGCAAAUGCCGUCUCCCAUCAAUUGUUUGUCGGAAAUAAGUUUUGAUAACUCAGAUAAACUGCUGACAACUCCGCCACAGCUAUCGAGACGAAUGGUUACCAGAAGCAGAAGUCCAGCGAUUCCUAAACUCGAUAAGAUGGUCGAGUUUAGCGAUAGGACAUCACCACUGCCACCACUUCCACCGCUCAUAUCWUUUACAAAAACUACAGAAAUAUCGACACAGACAUCGAUUAUCAGAAAGUCUCCGGAAAAGACACGAUCGUUAACCACAAAGUCUCCAGAAAAGCCAAUAUCGAUGACCUCAAAGUUCACAGAAAAGUCAAGAUCUUUGACUCCGAUAUCUACAGAAAAGAUACCUCAGAUUAAUACUAUUGUCUCAAAUGAKGAAACAUCUGCAAUGGAGUCAACCGAAUACGAUAUGUCUAUCGACGAUACGGACAAUACGCAUAACAUCGACAGCAAAAAAACAACAUUGAUGUACAAGACAUCAGUUUUAAGUGCGGCCACAAAGGGUGUCCAUUUAGAUGUCGCCGCCGCAAGACAUUCAACCAACACGUGCUAACGCACCGCAAGUUUACCGAUUCUGACCAUCCAUAUCAAUGUCAAGUCGGUGAUUGUAGCAGUGUUUUCAAAUCGAAG